UCUGCGAACUGUCAACAAAAGUUAUGCUGCCGCGCCUCGCCACCUUCGGGAACAGUAAAUUCGAAUGUAGUUGUCGAAAGUGGUACCCAGCUUGUGGGCUAGAAAAGAGUGGAAAAUUCGUGGGAGGAGCGGUAGCGCGACUGUUCCACUGUACAACACACAUCGCAUCGCGAAGCAGCAGCCAGCAAGUUUGAUUCGAGCGCCGCGAGAAAAGACCCGCCGAACUGGACUUGAGUUGCAGCUCUGGCAUCGUUUGACGGACAUUUUUGCAUAAAAAGUGCUAUCUUUGAGGGGGAUUUCCGGAACCGUAAAGAGUCCGAUCGCAGUGAAAAAAGUGCCCAGUGGAAGUGCAAAAUUUUUCCUCCAAGUGGUCGCCGAAAGUAUAAAAAUCGGUUCCCGUUAACCGGGCCUAGAGCGCCUUGGAAUUUCCGUCUUGCUGGUGCGCUUUUCGCGGAUCGCCAUUUUGAACAUUCGGUUUUGUGUGUUUUUACUUUUUGAUUUCUGAUACUGCAGUUUGAGAAAAUUAAGGACCAGGUUGAGAUUAGUUGAUAAGAUUGAAGGUGGUUUAUUUUCCGGGUAGAAACUAGUGUGUGACAGACUUUCCCUCAGGAUGGCCCAUCAGAACAAACCGGUCAGCAUCGUGAUUCAGGAUCCGAAUGGCCAAAAACAAAUUCUACAAGUGAUGCAAACGGCAUCGACGACCGGCCGCCCAUUAACAUCGGCCAGUGUAAAGACAAUCGUAAAAGAAGUGACCGGUCAGGAAACAAACGCAAUUAUAUCCGGACAGAGUUUUGCCACCCCUGUUAUGCCGAAGUUAGCACCCGGCCAGAAAAUCAUCACAGUGAAUAAUCCCAAACUACAGAUUGUGAACUCUCCCGCAACAAAAAGUGCCAACGGCAAGCCCCUGGUACGAUUGUCACAGCUGCAGGGUCCGCUAAAACUGAUAACUGCUCCAGGACAAAUCAGUGGCACCACCAUCUCGGGCAGGAAUUUAACCGCCAUGCUAGCGCCUUCGACUUCGGUCGCUCCGUCCACCUCGACGUCGGCCACCCUAGUGGCACCGGCGGCAGCGUCCACAUCAACAUACGUCAGCACAAACGGUGGAUCGAUGAUCAGCGAAUCACCGGUCAACAGCCGAUCGUCGCAACCAUCGACGGCACGUGGUUCGAAAGGAUCUCAACAACAGCACCAAACACAGUACAAUUACGGCAAGAAAACCUCACCGGCCAGCGCCGGUCAGAUUCACACGCCGGCAUCCCGGCGGAGAAAGACAGACAAAAUCGGUCGCGGCCUGCGGCACUUUUCGAUGAAGGUUUGCGAGAAGGUGAAGGAAAAGGGCACAACCUCGUACAACGAAGUGGCGGAUGAGCUUGUUGCCGAGGAGACUCAAAGCCACCCGGGGGUAGACCCGGCUUCGUACGAUCAGAAAAACAUUCGCCGGCGGGUGUACGACGCGUUGAACGUCCUGAUGGCCAUGAACAUCAUCUCGAAGGAGAAGAAAGAAAUCCGCUGGCACGGGCUGCCCACCAGCAGCGUCCAGGAGUGUGACGAUCUCGAGAAGGAAAACGAAAAAACGCGGGAACGGAUCGAGCUGAAGCAGCAGGAAUUGAAAGACCUCAUCCUGCAGCAUGUGGCUUUCAAGUCGCUGGUCGCCCGGAAUCAGGAGUACGAGGAGCGGGGUCUGGUGCCGAAUCCCAGCUCCGCCGUUCAGUUGCCAUUCAUCCUAGUGAAUACGGACAAGAAGACAUACAUUGAGUGUAGUAUUGAGAAUGACAAAUCACAGUUUUCGUUCAAGUUCGACAACAGUUUUGAAAUGUACGAUGAUCUCCAAGUACUCAAGCGGAUGGGCUUGUUGAUGGGCCUGGAGAAAGGCAAGUGCACCGCUGAAGAUAUUUGCAAAAUCAAAUCGAUGGUUCCGGAAAAUUUGGCAAAGUAUAUUGAUGUGUACGGCCUUGGCAUCGAAAACGACACGGAAGACUGGGACAUGGCAUCCACUUACACCGGGCAGGACUACGACGAUAGCGUACAGGAUGCCUCCGAUCUGCAGUCCAGCUAUCAGCACAACACCAGUGAACUCAACGAGGAUGAUCUAAACUCGGACGAUGGCCAGGAUGGCUAGGUUUCCCAUCACUAUCGGUUCGUCCUGUAAACACUGCUGGGUCAGCUGAUGGACUGCAGUAGACACGAACAUUUUAGUUGUUAUUUCCUUUCCACAUACGUUCUUUCGACACGGUCUGCUACGGUAUUUGAUGCGUGCGCCAGAAAAAUAAUGGCAGUACGAAGCAAACGCAAUUUCGCUCUAGGUUGUAAUCUGAGUGUGAGUAGAAUGGGGAAAAGCUUUUACGACGCAGUCGUCGUGUUAUGCACACGUUAGGUUAAAUUUGCUUGAAGCAUGCUAUUGUACGGUUCGCAAAAAGUCGACCGAAAAGUAAGACGAAAGUCAUGAGAAUGCUGGCGUUAGAGCUAAGAAUGAAAGAUAGUAGAGAGGGUUAUUGCUUUUCUUUACGUUUAUUGCGAUCCUCGAUGAAGAGGAUUGGUUACAAACAAAAGCUACGUUUAAGAUGUGUAUUGCGUACACAAUGAAGCAAAUAAGUUGUUAUCUUGUUAAACAUACAAAAUAAAACCAGCUACCCUUAGAAUGUACGAAUAUGAGCGAAAAUCGUUCAAUUUGAACUGAAAAAAAAACGAAAUGAGAAACAUUGCUCUGGAAUAACGACAGAUUCUAAUAGCACGCGAAACAAGGAACUCUAGUUAAUUAUUAAUGCACCAGAGAGUACAGAAAGUAACCUUUUUCACUACACUAGAAACCGUGAAUAACCAAUAUAAAAAAAAACGCAGAUUUUACUUUUGCUCUUCGUUUCUUUACACACAGAAACAAGAGAAAGACAAACGCUUACGAACAUCUCAUUUAGUAACACAGACAAACACCUCAGGCUUUUAUUUCAAGCAAAUAAUCCAAUUAAUCAGAACUAGAAUUUUGCCGCAUUAUUCAUUACGUGGCUACGUAAGUAAUGCAAAACUAGCAACUAAGAAUUAUAUACAAGUCGUGUCAUAUUUUUCCACAACGUGUUAUUUUCUAUUGUUUUUUUCGCGUUUGCUUUUCGCUUUUCUAUUUUUUCUUAUAACCCACCGGUCGGACAAAAAUAAAAAGACAGUUUUCAUUGUAUGAUUUUGUUACCGUUUUUUCAGCAGUUGGUCUCUUAAGCUUCUGCGUCAAAAAAAAGAGAUCCGUUCAGAUGAAAUCAAAAAUUAACAGUUGUUUCAAAGCGAAAUAUGCAUCAGGAUUUCUUUUUCGCAGAACAUUCGACACACAAUCGGCAAUACUUCAAUUUAAUCUAUGGGUAUCACAAAUCAGAAAAAAAAAAUCUAUUGCAUGAGAUUGUACAUAUUUAUUGGGCUUAACUGUAAUAUAACUUAGAACUAAUACAGGACUAUUAUUACGCUGACGAUGACACGGUAAUGGUGUAAGAUGUGAGAGAAAGGAGACGGCAGAAGUAAAAGCCAGGGCCAAUAUUAACAAUUCCGUACAGCCCUACGGCACAAAUUCACACUUUUUAGAAGUGAGCAUUUCGUACAUUAAAGAAAAAAAAACAAAUCAGCUCUAAGUAAACAACUUGACUUAUUUUAGGUUAUGAUUUAUUUUUGCGUUUGCCAACUCAGUUGAAUAAAUAAAUAUAAACUCAAAGCAAGAUGUUAGAUAAUAGAUCACUCUGUACUGAGUAAUUUUUAUAUGAUUUCUUCAGUCUUUAUAAAAUACUUCACUGGAAGAAGCUGAAAAUAAAUUCUGUUUUGUUCUUGUUCAUAAGUUUAUAUAUUUUACGUUCGAGUUUUUUUAGAUAUAUCAAACUCUAGAAAUAAAGCGAUAAUUAUAACGAUUGAUGCAUGGAACGAGAAAUCGAGAGAAUAAAAAAAAUCCUGUAUUACAAUACCGUUCCAUGCCAUAUUUCUGCUUUCUCUUCGAAGGAGAGGAAAGAGUAAAAAAUCAAGCCUAUCAGAGCAGACGCUGCAAUGUAACUUUCUAUGUUAAGCAAAAUUUUAUGUUUGUUUAUCUUUUCGAAAACUAUCAAUGAUAAAUUCUGAAAUUAAAGCAUAAAGGUAGUUUAA